AUGGAUCGUGAUCAAGAGGCUAUUGUAAAGGACUUUACUAGCAUUCUCGAUGAGUUGACUUUCAAUUCAAGACCGAUUAUCACUACGUUGACAAAGAUGGCAGAAGAAAAUAUUUCUUUAGCUCAAUAUUUUGUGGAUGCUUUGGAAUCGAGAGUUGAGAAAUGUGUACCCAAACAGAAGUUGUACGCUUUUUAUACAAUUGAUUCAAUUUGUAAAAAUGCUGGUAGUCCCUAUACAAUCUAUUUUAGUAGAAAUUUGUAUAAUUUAUAUAAGAAAGCUUAUCUUUUAGUUGAUAAUCAAGUUAGAACGAAAUUAAUCAAUAUGUUUAAAACUUGGAUACAACCAAUUGAAAGCACAGGAUUACCAAUAUUCGAUAAUGUUGAAUUAGAUAAAAUUGAGAACUUCCUAAUAAAAGCAAGUGCAUUGCAUCAUAAAAAUUUUACAAAAUUACUACCUGAACCAACUGUACCUUUAUUAUUAAGGGAUAUUGAUAAAUUAACUACAUUAACAAAUGAGAGAUUAACAAAACAGAAAAAUAGUGAUAGUAAUGAUGAAAAAGAAAUUGAAAAGUUAAAUAUGAAGAUCUUAGUUUUAUCACAAUUAAAACAAGAAUUGCAAAAGGGAAAAUUAACUAAAGUCGCAUUAAAACAGGUUCAAGUUCAAUUGUUACAAGUUUUCGCACAAGAUCAACAGGUUUUGCAAGAACGUAUUAGACAGGAGCAACUUCAGCAGGAACAACUUCAACAAAGGCAAAGGACCGAGCAGCUGCAGCUGCAGCAACUUUCUCAUCAUCAAAAUGCUGCUAUUAAUCAACAGUUUCAAAUUAAAAAUGACCACAAUCCUUUAUUUGGUAAUUCGUUGAAUUUAAAUCCUCAAGGUUUUUCAACUCUGUUCAAUAAUUCAAAUUUUAUUCCAAUGAAUCAAAAUAUGGAUGACAAUAACACUAUGGGAGGUAUGAAUCUUAAUAACAUAAUAGAACCUGCAAAUAUUUCAAACAUAGAAAAACAGAACAAACUUAAUAAAAUGCAUAGCCUAUUCGAAUCUUUAAAAGCUGAAAAGUUGGUAUUCCAACCUAAAGAACAAUCCAUCAUCACUUUGAAUGCAAAAUUAAAUAUCGAUGACGGAAAGUUGAUAAAUAACAGCGGAAGGGCCAAAUCUGAAACUGACUUAACUCGACUUCCUUCUAUUGAAUUUUUAAGUAAUAUUAUUUCGGAUUGUAAAGCAUACUUUUCUACUGUUAAUAUUGACAUUGUCAAUACUCCUUCUUUGAACAUUUCACAAGAUUUCAUAUUAGGAGAAAAUAAGAUUGUCGAAAAUAACUUAAUUAAUACUCUUUAUAGAGCUAAACCAAAAAAAUGUACUCUAUGUGGUAAAAGGUUUGGUAACACAUUAGAUGAAAGAAGAUUACAAAGUGAUCACUUAGAUUGGCAUUUCCGAAUAAAUAAAAGAAUAAAAGGUUCUGAAAAUACUUUGUCGAAUAUAACAGCAACAAAUUCCUCAUCAAAUACAACGCAGAAAAAUAUCCAAUCAAGAAAUUGGUAUCUACAUGAUUCACAAUGGAUUAUAUUUAAAGAUAAAGAAAUUGUUUCAACAUCAAGAAGUGAUCAUUCUGAAAAUAAUAUGACUGUCGUAAACUUAGAUUUCAAUACGAAUAUGAACUCACAGAAGAACAAUAACAUAAAUAAUGCUGAUAGAAACUUGUCUGGUAAUGAGUCUAAUAAAUUCGUAAAAAUUGAUGAAGGUUUAUUGUCCAAAAAGUAUGUCAUUGUACCUGAAAGCGUUGAAGAUAUGUCUUUCAAAUGUCCCGUUUGUAAAGAAAUUGUUGCAGCAACAUAUGAUGAAGAACUUGGUGAAUGGAUUUGGAAAGGUUGUAUGGAAUAUAAGGGUAAGUAUUUCCAUGCAACAUGUUAUUACGAAUCUGCUAAAAACAAAAAUACCUCAAUUGGACUUGAGUUAGAUAUGGAAAAAUUGAAGAAUUUAAUUACUGAUUAG